AUGAAACGUAAGGGAGAUGUUGCGUUGGAACAAAUUGAUCAGAAACGUGGGAAACGGCGAUUAAUAUGUGUACAGAUUGAUGAUUACGUUGAGGAGAUCAAGUUGCCCAGUGCAGAAAGAUGUAAACUGGAAACAUUAGCCGAGUCCGUGAAGAAUGCCAUUUAUGCAGCGAAAGAAGCAAAAUAUGCUCAUAAGGUAAACGAUUUGCAGAAAUUGCAUUUAGACAAAAUCCGUUUUCCGCUAUUCUUACCGUUUGAUGUGCAAUUAAGUAAUAUCAAAUCGUCAUGUGACUGUCGUUGGAUCCAUCCAGUUAGAAUUAACACUUUGGGCAGUUGGCACGCCGGCUAUCAGACAAAAAUGGAGCCCGUUUUGGAUCUUAUCGUUAUUAUACCGCAGAAUUAUUUUGGAUCGCGCGAUUACCUCAAUUUUACAUAUUUUGUUAAACGUGCUCACUAUAUUUGCCAAGUAGCACGGAUUUUGAUGAAAACAGGGAUGUCGGUAAAAUUUGGAUUGGAUCACUUCGAUACAUUGAAACCAUUAUUGUUUGUCUUGAACGAAGACGGACUUGAAAGUAAUGGAUUCUUGCGAAUUCACUUUGCACCACCGCGAGAAUUCACAAAAAUUUCUCGAUUUCGUCCAGAAAAUAAUAACUUGAGACCCUCUUUCUGUUCUGCUCAUUUUGGAUCUCUCGGUAUCGACACACCUACACCGGUCUAUAACUCAAAAAUAUUAAUUGAUAUGUUACGCGAAGAAAUUGAAUCUAGGUACGAAGCAUUUUUCUGUCAAAAACCGAAUUUUUUAAAAGCUUUUGUUAUGAUACGUUCAUGGAUGCUUCAAAGGGAUUUCAUCCAGAGAGUUGAUGGCUUUUCGGAUUUGCUAUUGGCAGCUUGGCUUAUAUAUAUUAACAUUCAAGAAGCUUCUUUUGCUCAGGCGUCUGUUUUCAACAUUAUCGUAGGAUUUUUCUCCUCCAUAAUAUCAACAAAUUGGAAAGAGUCUCGUUUGGGCUUAUGUAAUAAUGAUGCGUUAUAUUCACAGUUCUUGUCAUAUUUCGACUUUGUAUUUCUCGAUCAUACAGGAUAUCUAAAUUUGGCUGCAUCUUUGAGUGUUACGGCUAUGGAGCAGAUUCGUGCUGCUGCGACUGAUGCCAUAACCAAGAUUAAUACCUUCAGUGAAUUUCAUCAUCUUUUUGUGAAAAGACAUCCUUUUAUUACAGCUUUCGACCAAUAUAUCAGGAUACAAUUACCGCAGCAUUAUUUGCAAAAUACUUUUCAAAAAAUGUGCAGUGCAGAGUGCUUAAGUGCUUGUAACGACUUAUUGCGUAUGUUCAAACGCAAGCUAAUUCCACUGCUGAAAGAAGCUUUAUCGGAUAGAAUUGUAAAUUUCGAUGUAUUUACACCAAAUCAACAAGUGAGACUGUGGGACGUAUAUAUGGAAAGAGAGAAAUGUACUAUGGACGAGGAGAUAGGGCUGCUAAUUGGAUUUCGACUUUCGACGAAAUGGAAUAAUUUAUUGACACGUGGUCCACCAGCUAAAUCAUCAGAUGCGGUGCAUUUCCGUCAAUUCUGGGGUGAUAUCUGUGAAUUACGCAAAUUUCCGGAUAAUGCGAUCUGUGAAGCAGUUGUCUGGGGUUCCAGUAAUGUCACUGUGCUCCUUUGUCAGCAUAUUCUGCAGAGGCACUUGAAAUUAGACGCAUGUCAUGUGGAAGAGCGAACAUUAAAGAUGGAAGAGAUCUUGCCCAAUGCGGUAGACAGAUACAGUACAAUCGGACGAGCUUACGAUAAAUUAUCCAAAACACUUCGAAUGUUGCAAGAUUUGCCCCUUCUUAUCACAAAUAUCCAUCCUGUAUCCGCUUAUCUAAGACGAACUGCGCCUUACCCGCCUCUUUCUACUAAUGCAGUAGUCGAAAGAUACAGUUCCGUCGUGAAAGAUUCUAUAGCAUUUCCGUUAUCACAUAUCUCACCUCCUUAUUUGCCCACCAUAGAAGUGCAAAUAACAAUGGAGCAAAGUGGAAAAUGGGGUGAUGAACUUGGAGCUAUUGCUCGGCUGAAAACUGCCUUUUACAUCGAACUGUCAAAAAUAUUGAAGACGAAACAUUCAAUGCAAGCUAUUCCCUUCGAUGAUUAUUUAAUUGUUCAUUUUGACACUGUGGUAUUUCGUCUGGUAAUAGCCUGUCCGAAGGAAGUGCAUAUAAUCAGAAAAUUAAACGGUGGCAAAACGGGCAUUCUAAAGGACAGUGCAGCAUCAAAGUCGAAGGAGCUCGAGGUAGUGCUGAAGCCUCAACUCACUGCACUGUUGCACAGUGCAAGUCAGCAGUUCGAAGCGUUCCCAGAUGCAUGUCGUUUGGCAAUGUAUUGGUUGUCAUCCCAUGCGUUGUCUGACUAUUUAAAUGAAGUGAUUUUGGAAACUAUCGUUGCUUCUGUAUUUCUUAAACCAUUCUCACUUCAACCACCAAGAAUGGCGUUCGUUGGUUUCUUUCAUUUCCUAAUAUUGCUUUCUACGCAUAAUUGGCUUAUGAAACCGUUACUUGUUGAUUUUAAUAACGAAUGGACAGAGGAGGAUAUUGAUGAAAUGGAAAAAGAAUUCAUCAAAAUGAGACCGGUGUUACCAGUAAUGGUAAUAUGUACAGCGGUUGAUAGGAGUGGUUGUCGAUGGACAAGAGAGGAACCACAACCGUUGAUCUUGAAACGGAUGAUUGCUCUUGCUAAAGCAUCAGCAGCACUAAUUGAGCAACAUAUCAGUAAUUUAGUACCGUUGAAUUUAAAGGGAAUGUUCACAACCAACGUUUCCACUUUCUCCAAUGUUGACAUACAUAUCAAAGGACGACAUAUGGCCAGGAGAAAAGUAGUUCGUAGCAAAUUAAUAAACGGACCAUUACCAGUAGUUGACUAUGAUUCAGUUAGGAAAUAUGUUAAACGACUACGACAGUGUUUCUCUUCAGUUGCUCUCUUUUUCUACAACAAAUACGUAGGUGAUAUUAUCGGCGUGGUGUGGAAACCAGCUGCAUUAGUACCACGGGAUGCAAGUAUAUCUAGCUGUUUACAUCGCUUGGAAGGACCGGAUAAUAAGUUGCUCGUUAAUACAAGAGCCAUAAUGGAUGAUUUCAAGAUGCUUGGUCAUGGUAUUGUUCGAGACGUGCGCCAACAUUGCGUCACUGAGGACGAGGAGAAUACCGCGAAUUAG